CUCUCAGACGGAUGAGCAGAGUCCGGAAAGAGAGCAGUCACGUACGUAAUUCUCCCUCUCGCUCCCCGAAUCUAAAGGUUAUCGUUACUGUCCCGUUUGGAACGGUUCCCGUGGAGAACAUUUUACGCUGGGGGAAAUAUCUGAUUAAAGAGUCGGAUUUAAAACAACUGAUAAAGACGCAGAAGAGGGAUAGCAAGAGUGCCUGACACAAUUGAAGCAAAUUAAGGAUAAGAUGUCCCAUUUUGUCUGUUCCACCAUUCAGCAGUAUCUUCAACACACAGCUCUGUUCCUUAAUUGAUUCCUUAUCGUGAACUCUCCAGGAGUGAUCGGAUACAAUGCUAAUCAAUCAACUUACUUUCCUCCUGCUGUUCUGCUUGCCGGGCUGGAGCGGUGCACUGAUCCGUCCCGUGCCUGGAAUUAGCACGUCGGAUCGGGAUGGACGGACUCUGCAACGCACUAAACGAGGAUGGAUGUGGAAUAGUUUCUUUCUCUUAGAGGAGUGGACAGGAACAGGAAAGCAGUAUGUCGGAAAGCUCCACUCAGACAUGGAUACUGAAGAUGGUAGCGUAAAGUACGUGUUGACCGGAGACGGGGCUGGAACCGUUUUUGAGAUCGAUGAGAAUUCAGGUGAUAUCCAUGCAACCAGAAGGCUGGACAGGGAAGAAAGGUCUUCAUACACUCUUAGCGCCAAAGCCGUUAACAAAACAUCUGGACGGGAUCUUGAAAGGGCCUCGGAAUUCGUCAUCAAAAUUCACGACAUUAAUGACAAUGAGCCAAAGUUUGCCAAGGACACGUAUGUGGCCAGUGUAUCAGAGAUGUCUAAUGUUGGUGCAUUUGUAAUAAGAGUCACUGCCACUGAUGCAGAUGAUGAAGCAUACGGAAACAGUGCCAAGCUGGUUUACAGCAUACUGCAGGGCCAGCCGUAUUUCUCAAUUGAACCUGAAACUGGCGUCAUAAGGACGGCCCUUCCAAACAUGAUUCGAGAGAACCGAGAGCACUAUCAGGUGGUCAUUCAGGCUAAGGACAUGGCCGGACAGAUGGGGGGUCUCUCUGGGACCGCUACAGUCAACAUCACCCUGUUGGAUGUCAACAACAGUCCUCCUCGAUUUCCCCAUAGUACUUACCAUCUCUCUACUCCCGAGUCGGCAGAUAUCGGCUCGGCGGUGGGCCGGAUUAAAGCGUUCGAUGCGGACGUCGGAGAGAAUGCGGAGAUGUGGUACUCCAUUCUGGAUGGAGAUGGCCAAGAUGUCUUCAACGUAAUCACAGACGGAACCAGCCAGGAAGGGGUUAUAACUGUAAAACGGCCACUGGAUUACGAGAGUAAGAGGUUAUACUCGCUGCGGGUGCAGGUGACCAACACGCACAUAGAUCGACGCUUCGAGCACCUGGGCCCAUUCAGCGACACGGCGGUGGUCAGAAUCACAGUCACGGACGUGGACGAACCUCCGGUCUUCAGUCGAGCCCUGUACAUUUUUGAGGUCGAUGAGGACACCCCUGCCGGCAGCUCGGUUGGCAGUGUAAUGGCCCGAGACCCUGAUAUGAUCAAUCACCUGGUCAAAUACACCAUUGAUCGGCACACAGACCUGGAAAGGCUGUUUAACAUCGAUUCCAACAAUGGAACCAUCAGCACACUCCAGGCUCUGGACAGAGAGACAUCCAAAUGGCACAACAUCUCCGUUCUGGCCACAGAGCUCAGUACUGCCCUGCAAACCAGAGUGCCGGUGUUUAUCAAAGUACGAGAUGUGAAUGACAACGCGCCCGAGUUCGCCAUGUACUACGAGACCUUCGUGUGCGAGAACGUCAGAGCCGGUCAGCUCAUCCAGACCAUAAGCGCAGUGGAUACGGAUGAACCUCUCGUCGGCCACAAGUUUGUCUUCAGCCUAAGCACCGCCAAUCCAAACUUCACCGUCUUCGACAACGAAGAUAACACAGCGAGGAUCCUGACCCGCAGGGGUGGCUUCAACAGAAGAGAGAUGAGCUCGUACCUGCUUCCUGUGGUCAUCUCGGACAAUGAUUACCCUAUACAGAGCAGCACCAGCACGCUGACGGUCAGGGUCUGCGCCUGCGACAGCGGUGGAAACGUGCAGACGUGCAGCACAGAAGCCCUGCUGCUAUCUGCCGGUCUCAGCACAGGAGCUCUGGUGGCCAUAUUGCUCUGCAUUCUGAUACUUCUUAUGAUCGUGGUAUUGUUUGCGGCCCUCCGGCGACAAAAGAAGAAGGAGCCUUUGAUCAUCUCCAAAGAGGACGUUAGGGACAACGUGGUAAGCUACAACGACGAGGGUGGCGGAGAGGAAGACACGCAGGCGUUCGACAUCGGAACCCUACGCAACCCCGAGGUCAUCGAUACCAACAAACUCCGUCGGGACAUAAUGCCCGAAAUGCUUUUUCCGUUUCGCCGCUCGUCCCCCCUGAAGGACAACACGGAUGUUAGAGACUUUAUCAACGGACGUCUACAAGAAAACGACUCGGACCCGACCGCGCCCCCUUAUGACUCCUUGGCUACCUACGCCUACGAAGGCAACGGCUCUUUGGCCGAAUCUCUCAGCUCUUUGGAAUCGGCCGCCACCGAAGGGGACCAGGACUUUGAAUAUCUGAGUCACUGGGGGCCACAGUUCAAAAAACUGGCGGAUAUGUAUAUAGGCCAAGACACCCAGAGAGAGACUUAAUAUUGGAUAUGCAACACAGCGCACUUAAAGAUCUCAGAGCACUAACUGAACACGUACAUACCGAAAUCUCCCCCGUUCUCUGCUGUGUGACGCAUAUAAAGUCAACAAAACUUGAAAUACUGGGAACCUUUCACAUAAACAUGUCCUUUUUUCUCCUACUGGUCCUACAUUCUAUGUCUUUUAUAACUUCUGGUCUAUCUCUUCUUCUUUCCCCCAUCAAAAGAAUCAGUAAAGAUGCCUUUUACGAGUAGGGAUUUGUUGUAAUCAAUGGUGUGGACAAUGUGUUUUUUAACCAAGGUGACUGGUAGUAGCUUUCUACACUAUCGAUGUUUAUGGCAAAAAGAAAAUAAAAUCUUAAGAAAAUGUUAAAAAAAGCUAAGCUUUUAUUACAGACCAAGUCUAAAAUAGGUGCAGUAUGUGUAUAAUAUGUUUUACAAGUAUGAUCAUUAUGUAAACUACUUGAUAUCUCUGUUUAAGAGGCGGUUUUCCUGUGGAAGGUUUAUAUGCGUUCUGUCAAACCGUGGAUUCAUUUCAGCUCAUAGAGUUAGAACUGUACAACAAAUUGUGUAUUUGUAGAUUAUCGGUCAUUAUGUUCAUGUUGUUUGAAUGAUGUUGCAUUGUUUUAUACAGUAUUUAUAUUUUUAUACUUAUUUUGAUAAUAAAGUUUGUAAAAUCUUUUCUCUUUAUGGCAUGUUCUCAA